AUGGAUGAGCUACCUGCACAGGUAUCAGGGGUAUCUACUCAUGAUGUUAGAAAUACAAUUUCCAAGAAGUUUCCAAGGCAAGCCGCAUGUCUAAACUGUCGACGUAGCAAAACCCGUUGUAUCCGUGGCCCCGCGGAUGUCAAUUGUCAAAGAUGCCGUCAGAAUGAUAUGGAAUGUCUGGUGCCAGAUUUCCAUGUAGGAAGGCGGAAAGGUGUCAAAAACAAACGAAGUGGACUAGAUAAAGUAGUUCAUCAACUCGAAAAGGCAAUCAAAAGCUCUAAGAACCAUAACGUUCCAAAAGAAGAAGAUCACGUUGCUUUGGACGAUGCUGAAAAUCCUCUGCAGCUGCUUGCUCGUGCAUCAGACCUUGCAGAUACUGCGGCAAAGCAACGAUGUAUGCCCACUUCCCUUUCAAAGACCGGAGAGCUUCCCGCAUCUGCACUUUUCAUUCCUCUAGGGGCAGCUUUAUCAAAGCGUCUUUCCAACCAUAGGAAAUAUCUUGUUAAGCAUGUUAUGUCCAAGAGGUUUAGGUCGCCAGAAAUCGUUCUCGCUUUCAUGAUAAAUAUCCCAUGGAUGUCACCAGAAAAUCAUUGGGCUGAAGACGAGACUUGUUCUUAUAUGGCUUUGGCGCACUCUGUAGCCCUCGAUAUAUCUCUAAACAAGAUCAUCAUAUUGAAUGCAAACAGUCUACAGACUGCCGUUCUAAAGUCAGAUUGCAUUAGUGCAAGAAAAGCUCUCGACAUGGACGGUUUUGUUGAUGUUGAUCCCACGACACGAUGGGGCCAGAAAUUAUUACGUCGGCGUGAAAGAAUAUGGCUUGCUCUAUUCAACCUGGACAGGGGCACGAGGGAGAGCCUUUACCGUACAGCUUCAUCUGUUUUGCGGCGAGAUAUCGCCAAGAUCAUUACUUCUAUAAAAGACACGUGUGAUAGCACUGCAUCGACAGGAUUAGAAGGGUAUGACAUUGCUCAAACCCUUAGACAAAGGGUCGAUGACUUUUUCAACCACUGGUAUUCGACCUGGACCACCGAAAUAGGUCAAGACAAGGAUCUUCGGCUGCCUCCUUAUGUAGAAAUCCUCGUUUCCCACACCCGUCUUGCUAUAUACAGUAAUGUUCUUAAUUAUCCUGGGCAAACCUCGGCCAUCUCUCAUUUCUUUCGAUCUGCUGGUCUCUCGUCUGCUUUGAAUGUUAUGAGAGCUGCGGUCCAGGGAGAGCCGCUUCUCAAGUCUAUGCCAAACAAUACUGCGAUAAUGGUCUCAUUUUCGGCCUGUUUUGCACUUUACUUGUCGACGACGAGUACGAAAAAUAAUCCCUGUCUGAGAGAAAGUAUCAAAGUUCUGAUAGAAGAGACUGCGACGGUUUUGGAGAGGAUAGGAAAUAUCACUCCUCACAGGAAAGGGAGUUCAGCGUUAUAUGGAAUGCACUUGCAAGAAAUUCUUCGAAAUUCCCUGGCAUUACGAAGGCCUGUUCCAUAUGAUCCGUCAGUCCUCAAUGGUGGACAAGCGGUUAGCAAUACAGCACAGGAAACGCAGGAACGCGGAUUAGAGCCUGGUUUCUUCGAGCCGCUCCAACUCUCCGCCAUGUCGGUUGACCAGAUUGUCGAAUUCUUUGAAAAUGAGGAAGCAACCCUUGGAAUUAGUCCAACUAACUUACAGCUGGGCGAUACUACAGGAAUGGAAUGGCUUGACUGGUUCGAUUUUUACGAAACUGCAGAAGGCUGA